AUGACACAUCCUCAAGCAGUUUAUACAAGUAGACUUUUAGAUUUUAAAAAUCUUCCAGAACCAAAAAAUGCCGAUAAUAAAAUUAUCGAGUAUAGUUGGAUUAAAUCAAACACAGUUGGACAAAAACAUCAAGCACAGACGGACAAAAAUAUCAAGCACAGAUGGAUAAAAACAUAA